CUGGGGAUGACAAAGACAAUAGGAUACCGAGACUGGAGAUGGCAGGCGCUUUGGUGGCUUCAUUUCUUUCUCUUGUGGAUUACAAUAGACGGACAGACUCGUUACAGCAUCCCGGAGGAGCUGGAACAGGGCUCUAUGGUUGGAAAUCUAGCCAAAGAUCUGGGUUUGGGACUAUCUGAGGUAUUUGAGCGUAAGCUGCGUGUCGCCUCUGAGGCUGGUAAGCAGUAUUUCAGUGUGGAUGCGGGGAAGGGCGAGCUUUUGGUGAAUGACAGAAUAGACAGAGAGGCUCUAUGUGGACAGAGCGCGAGCUGUGUAUUACCUCUGCAGGUUGUAAUAGAAAAUCCACUUCAAUUACACCGAAUUGAAGUGGAAGUAAAAGACGUCAAUGACAAUGCUCCUAGUUUUCUCAAAAACGAGCAUGUAAUAGAAAUAGCUGAGUCCACUGUUGUAGGUGUGCGUUUUCCCUUAGAGAGUGCAGAGGAUCCGGAUGUUGGUGGUAAUGGGCUGAAGACCUACACACUAAGUAAAGAUGAAUGCUUUACUUUAAAAGUUAAAGAAAUUGACAAUGGACGAAAAAUACCGGAAUUAGUAUUAAACAAAUCCUUGGAUCGAGAGAAAAAGGCUAUUCACAAUUUAUUUCUUACUGCUUUGGACGGAGGCAAUCCGGUGAAGUCUGGAACUUCAAAAAUAAUCGUAAAUGUACUUGAUAAUAACGAUAACGUUCCAUUAUUUGAAAAAAACUUUUAUAAAGUUUCUGUUCAAGAAAAUAGUGCAAACGGCUCAUUCGUACUAACAACAAAAGCCACCGAUAUAGAUGAAGGUCCAAAUGGAGAAAUUGAGUACUCGCUUGGUAUUCAUACUCCGCGAUCAGUGCUGACAUUAUUUCAUAUAGAUCCUCUAACAGGGGAUAUAUAUUUGAAGAACAAACUUGACCACGAAACUCAAGCCUCAUAUCGAAUAGAUAUAAGUGCAAAAGAUAAAGGAGUCCCUAAAAUGGAGGGUCAUUGCAGUGUACAGGUGGAUGUUUUAGACGUAAAUGAUAAUGCUCCAGAAAUUGUUCUAACUUCGGAGCCUACUUCUGUCCCCGAAGAUUCUCGUAGUGGGACAGUCGUUGCUUUACUCAGCAUCCGAGACCUUGAUUCUGGUGAUAAUGGUAAAGUAACGCUGGAAAUCCCCAAACGUUCUCCAUUUACACUGAAGCCUUCAUUUUCUAAUAAUUAUGCACUAGUUACCAGUGGUCCUUUAGACAGAGAAACUUUCCCUGAAUAUAAUAUUGAGAUAACAGCCACUGAUUCAGGCUCUCCUCCUCUGUCCAGUAAGAAGACUAUACCUGUCAGAAUCACGGAUGUGAAUGAUAACCCUCCUGUAUUCACUCAGCCCUCCUAUAAUGUUUAUUUGAAAGAGAAUGGGGUAGCAGGCUCUAUACUGUACUCAGUAUCAGCAUCUGAUCUGGACUUUGGGGACAACGCCAAAAUCUCUUACUCGAUACUGGACUCCAAAGUGCAGGACGUGUCUGUGUCCUCUUAUAUUUAUAUUAACUCAGACAACGGCAGCAUCUACAGCAUGCACUCGUUUGACUAUGAGAAACUGAAGGUGUUUCAGAUUCAGGUUCAGGCAAAGGAUCAGGGCUCUCCGUCUCUCAGCAGCAACGCCACUGUCCAUGUUUUUAUCCUGGACCAGAACGACAAUGCCCCCGCUGUUAUUUACCCCUCCUCCGCUGCCAUGGGCUCCCUCUCUCAUCAGAGGAUGCCCCGCUCCGCAAAAGCGGGUCACCUGGUUACCAAAGUGACGGCCGUGGACGCAGACUCGGGCCAUAACGCGUGGAUCUCGUACAGAGUGGCCGAGGCCACAGACGCCUCUAUCUUCACUGUCAAUCUGUACACAGGGGAGGUGAGGACUAAACGCGCUGUGUACGAGCACGACGACUCAUCUCAGAGGCUACUCAUAGAGAUUAAGGAUGACGGGGAACCGGUCCAGUCCACCACAGUCACGGUGUCCAUUCUGAUUGAGGACGGUCUGCAUGAGCCCAUCUUAGACCUGCGACAUAAAGUGUCCGAGCCCAGCAAGAAAAACGGCAGAAUCGCCCUUUAUUUGAUCCUCUCUCUGGCCUCGGUGUCCGUGCUGUCUGUGGUGACUUUUCUCAUCUUAACGGUGAAAUGCAUCAGGAACAGCAGAAGCAGCGCUAGUUGCUGCACGAGUCGGAGCGACUGUGACGAUUACAAGAACCCCAACAGAAACCUGCAGAUUCAGCUGAACACUGAUGGACCUAUAAAGUACGUGGAGGUCCUGGGAGGAGACAUGUUGUCUCAGAGUCAGUCGUUCAGGUCCUGUAUGUCUCCCAUGUCAGAGUACAGUGAUUUCACUCUGAUCAAACCCAGCAGCACCACUGACUUUAAGGAGGUCAUCAGUGUCCUGGAUGCGUCUUUACCUGACAGCACCUGGACCUUUGAGAGCCAGCAGGUGAGCUUAACACUUUAG